AUGGUCAGACAACUCAAGCAUCACGAGCACAAGCUCCUUCGCAAGGUCGACUUUUUCAAAGCCGACUCAAAACAAGGUUCCAUCCGCCAGAAUGAUGUAGUGCGCCGCCCCGAAGACUACACCUCCUACAACCGUCUCUGCGGCCAACUACGCCAACUCGCCCACCGCCUAACCCUGCUCCCACCCGACAACCCCUACCGCCUAGCCACCGAAAAGAAACUCCUCGACAAGCUCUACGACAUGGCCAUCCUCAGCGAACGCAGCAAACUCUCCGCCGUCGAAAACAAAGUCACCGUUUCCGCUUUCGCUCGCAGACGUCUAAACGUCAUCCUCACAAGACUGCAAAUGGCCCCUGAUCUCAAAGCUGCCACUACUUUUAUUGAGGGUGGCCAGGUUAGAGUGGGUACUGAGGUGGUUACUGAUCCUGCCUUUUUGGUCACGAGGAAUAUGGAGGAUUUUGUGACUUGGGUCGAUUCGUCAAAGAUCAAGAGGACUAUCCACAGAUACCGCGACAAGCUGGACGACUUCGAUUUGCUCUAG